AAGAAAUAUUUCGAUAAACCCUAAAACCACGGCAAUGGCGCUGCUUCUUCCUGGCGGCAUUGCCACUCCAGGGCUGGUUUGGAAGCAGCGGAGGCGCGCAUCGAUCUGCAAGGCCUCCGCGGCGCCAUCGCCUGAUCCGGCGUGGAGGACGAAUGUAGUCUCCGAGAGGGCUGCUAGAAGCGGUGUGGAAAUCUCGCGGAGCAUCGAAGAAUGCGAGGCUGCUGUGGUGUCGGGGAAUCCUCCAGAGGCUCCUCCGGUUCCAGCCAAGCCCAAGGCGCCACAGGGUACUCCUCUGGUCACGCCCCUGAGAUUAUCAUCCAGGCCUCGUCGAAACAGGAAAUCCGCUGCGCUGCGAGCUGCGUUCCAAGAGACCACUUUGACGCCAGCGAAUUUCAUACUGCCUCUUUUCAUCCAUGAAGGUGAGCAGGAUUCACCCAUUGGAGCGAUGCCCGGUUGCUUUCGACUGGGAUGGAAGCAUGGAUUGGUCGACGAGGUUUACAAGGCUCGAGAUGUUGGAGUGAACAGCGUUGUUCUCUUUCCCAAAAUUCCAGACGCUCUCAAGUCCGCCACAGGAGAUGAAGCGUACAAUCCAAAUGGCCUUGUUCCGCGAGCUAUACGCAUUCUCAAGGAUAAAUACCCCGACCUGGUGAUCUACACGGAUGUGGCACUGGAUCCAUAUUCAUCUGAUGGUCACGACGGAAUUGUGAGAGAAGAUGGCGUGAUCAUGAACGAUGAAACUGUCCAUCAACUAUGCAAACAAGCUGUUGCUCAGGCUGAGGCUGGUGCUGACGUUGUGAGCCCGAGCGAUAUGAUGGACGGUCGUGUUGGUGCGAUUAGAACAGCUUUAGAUGAAGCUGGAUACCACGACGUCUCGAUCAUGGCAUACACCGCCAAGUAUGCAAGCGCGUUCUAUGGUCCAUUCAGAGAAGCUCUGGACUCAAAUCCCCGUUUUGGAGAUAAGAAAACAUACCAGAUGAACCCAGGCAACUACAGGGAGGCUCUUCUCGAAGUACACGCAGAUGAAUCCGAAGGCGCAGACAUACUCAUGGUGAAGCCGGCUAUGCCAUACCUCGACGUGAUCCGACUCCUACGUGAUACAUCAGCACUUCCCAUUUCAGCUUACCAGGUUUCUGGAGAGUAUUCUAUGAUCAAGGCAGCGGCAUCGCAAGGCAUGCUGGACGAGAAAAAAGCGGUUUUGGAGUCUCUACUUUGCAUCAAGCGAGCUGGGGCCGAUGUCAUUCUUACUUACGCCGCGUUGCAAGCGGCCAGAUGGUUGUGUGGUGAGAAAUAAGAAAAAGAAAAUGAGACAUCAUUCACGGGAGAUGGAGGAGAAAGAUCACUCAAAACAUGGCUGUAUUUAAGCUCGGGACUCUGGAAAGAGUGAGCUGUGGCCGACGUCAUUCAUACUUUCGCAGCGUUGCAAGGGGCCGGAUGGUUAAAUAAGAAAACGAAGUUUGCUUUGCGGGA